CGCGAUUUAUGUUCAGAAAUGCAAUCGGUUGUUUCGUUUCCCCGUCUGUUGAGGGACGAGUGAGGGGACUCACAAUAAACACUCUGAGUGUGAGUUUUCAGAGUCAGGUACUCUUAUGAAGCUGAUUCUGAGUUCUUUCCUGCAAAGAGUUUGAAUUGGAAGACUGUGUCUUCAUCAUUGCAUUGUUGAUUCAUCAAUUUCAGCAUUUUUCUUCUGUAAUCUGUCUCUUCUCUCUCACAGAGUCGGAUUCUCCGAGCUAAAGUGGAAAGAAAGUGAAAAUAAAGAAGAAAAGAUUCUUUUUCAGCAAUGAUUGAAGAAACUCAAUAAACCAAGCAAGAAAUGCAACUCUGCAAUCUUCUUUCUUUUCUGGUUUUCUCAUUCUGCUGAGCAUUUUUUUCUAGAAAACCCGAAAGUUUACUCUGAUUUUUGAAGAUCUGAACCCGUUCAUCGAGUUGGGACUGAAUCAAGUUUGGGCCUUCGAGGCAGCUUUGGAGUGAAUCCCAUGUUUCAUUGUCUUUCUUUAUAACUUUUGUGAAGAUAAGGACAACACUGAAGAACUGAAAGCCUGCAUGUAGAAGAUUAUUAUUGUCCAGUCGGUUGCAAUAAGCAUUUCUUGUAUUCAGUUCUGGAGGUUUAGACUGCAAGAGAGAAAAUUCUGCCCUGCUGCUGUUCAGUUGAAUUCUGAGUGGAGAAGUGUGUGAAAUGGGUUCUGUUGGAUUUGGCGGUGAAGAUGAAUCUCAGCCCAGUACGAGUAAUGGCAAGAAGUACAAGUUACCCAGGACGCUUCUGGAAGGCUGUGGUGCAGUUGACCAUGCCUCUGUUCCAAGGAAGCUGCGAUCUGCCAUCAGGAAGCGGGGAUGCGAAUCUGUUAUACCACCUUUGCCAAUUUCAAAGAAGCAGUAUAACGUGUCUAAUGGAGUUGAAAGAUCUAGAAAGGAUGGCGUGAAGAAAUCGAAAACGAAUAUGAAGCAAGGACAUAUCACCAAGGAUGAGGAAGAAGUGGCUGAAACGUUAUAUGCUUUGGCGGGCAUGUUCUCUGAUGCAAAGAAGGAUAAUAUGCCAGAGUUGCAGGAUGAACCACCAGAAAUAAAAUCUCCAGCUAUACCUGAAGGGGGGAGCUCGAGUGCAGUUGCAGAUACUGGCAUUCAGGCACUACAAGAGGAGUCUCAUAAAAUCAGCUCAAAAGUCACUCUUGAAGCUGCUUCACAUUCUCCAGAUGUAAUCGAUUCAACCUCACAAGUUCUCAGAUUCCAGUUUUCAGGUGAUGCUCAACAGCAUCAGUUGCCCUCUAACAAGCAGCCUGUCAUAGCUAGCAGUUCUGGAGUUCAAUCUGAUUUAAGUCUGGAUCGAAGACCAAUGGUAUCAACUCUGGACAUGAACCCGAGUGGUGAACGAGCAAUUGCCCCAGACCAAGUUACAGCUUCUCAAAAUGGCAAGCAUUGCUAUCCCAUGGAUGACAAAAAUAAUGGAGCUCUGAGCUCUGGAACACAGGGAUCCCGCAUUAGAAUUUCUGCCUGGUUUGAGAACACAAAUGAUGCCUCUCAGCUUUGUGUAACUGAGAACAGUAUUACUGCUGAAAAGUGUACUCAAGCUGCUGCUGGAUCCAAGAGGACAUGGAAAAGAUGUUCAGUACACGUCCACAUAAGUCGCCUUAUUAAGGUCUUGCAAGUAUCAGAGAGAAAAGAAGGGUUACUGGAAAAGCCUACUCGACUAACAACUUGUGGAGGGGCAGAGCUACGGCCUCCAGUGAGUACCCACAACCAAAUGACGGGGAUGAACAGUGGUAUGCCUUUUAAUGGCGCUACUUGUUCUACUGCCGAGAAGGAUUCAGCUGAAAUCCAAAAUGAUAUUCUUUUGCAUAAAAGGCCCCUUCAAAAUCAACCACUGGCUUCUGAGACCUCUUCUGCAAAACAGGGCUACAAUUUCUUAUCUUUGGGUACCGGAGUUGGUGGUUUGGAUGCAAGUGACUGCAUGAAUAGGGCAGGACAUGGUCAUGAAGCGCCUAAACAAUUUCAUGUGUCAUAUAUGCAGCCGCAAAAUCAUUUGCCCAUGCUUUUUUCACUGUCCCAGAAUGGUUAUUCCUCCUCUACUUUCCAUGGUCAUAAUUCAGCUCUAGCAGGGCAACAGGUACAGCUUCCUCAGUAUCUUAGCAGCACAGUUAACAGCAGUUUUGCAGGCGGAACGGGACAGCAGCAGGAGUCACAGCAGCAGAAAUGGGCAACUCAAUAUAAUAGUGGUAAAGUUGGUUCCCCACAUUUACCAGACUGGAAAAAUGUAGGAAGAGAUUCGUCUUCCAUGCUCAACUAUGCUCACGCUCUGUUUCCACACUUGCAUGCUGCUCUGGGCUCGAAGUAUCAGCAACUCUCACCUCAGCAACAGCAGCAGCUUAUGGCUAUCAAUUCAUCAUCUUUGCCUCUUUCAAGUGUGAAGAGACAACAUAAUCUACACAUCCCUUUGGGAUUUGAGAGAAACAGAACUGCAAUUUAUCCUGAAAAUAUACCGCAAUUGCAACUGCCCUGCAACCAGAACCUCUGAAAUUGAUAAGUUACGGUUAAUUGUGCUUCAGAAGGAACUAUCAUUAGUUCAUUUUUUCCCCUUAGUUAUGUAUGAAUACACUCAUCACUUACCAGGCUCUAUAAUGUCGUAUCCGAUGCAAUUGGUAGCAUCCUGCUGUUUA